CAGAGGUCAGACAUGUCACACAUUAACGCCACUGAGCUGCAGUCGCUCCUGCUCUCCUUCCUGCAGCAUUGCCUCAACAGCUCAGGCGUGCUCUUUCCGCCGAUACCUCAGAACUACACUACCCAGCAGGCUUUGCAUCAGUCGACAGGAGCCAGGGCCCACUCUCAGUCUCAGGGCAUGAUGUACAUCUUUCUGGUGGUCGGCAUGUUCAGCUUCUUCACGUUCGGCAUCAUGCUAAGUUACAUUCGCUCCAGGAAGGUGGAGAGCUCUCAGGAUCCGUAUCACCAGUACAUCGCCCACGACUGGACCAAGGUGGUGACUCCGUCCAGGGCCGUCACCGAGGCUCUGCACAGGGAGGCAGCAAGCCCCAGAGCCAGCAGCAAGGAGCCCGUCAUCAUCUGUAACCCGGCAACCCUGGAGCAGCUGCCAGACUAG